GUUAUUACGGGGAGCGGACCCAGUGAGGCCCUGAGGAAGCAGAAGUGUGGCCAGGGAGGAGCUUUGUGGGGAUUCAAAGGGGAACUGUGGCUGCCAGCAGGCCAUCCCCUCCUGUGAACUUGAGACAAAAGAGGAACAUUGAACAGGAGGCCCCGAUGGAGAGCUGGCCUCCGUGGUGGCGGGCCCCGCCGGACACGUCCUCGGGCCCCUGGCUCCUGGGUUUGCUCCUGUUUCCCUGGACCCUGCAGCUCACAGGAGGGCAGCUGGUGACCCACCCUGGUGCCCCCAUUUUGGUCUCUCUGGCCAACAAGACCGUUUCCUUCAACUGCAGAAUCACCUACCCAGACAGCCCAGUACUCCAGAACUUCACAACCUGGUACUUUCAUGUGGACCUCCAGGGGCAGAGGAGCCCCAGGGAGCAGAUUAAGUGCUCACCCGACCUGAGCAGCGAGAACCAGGGGCACACCCUGCAAUGCCGGGUCACCCCCGACCUGCCCAAUGCGUCAGCCACUGGCACGUACUACUGCUGCGUGAGCUGGCCAGACUUCCACAAAAUCAGCGAGGGCGUCUUCAUCCUGGUUAGAGACACAGGGUACCGAAAGCCCGUGCGGGGCUCCCAGCAGCUCCUGCUGUCUUGCUUUGCUGGCCUCCUGACUGUGCUGAGCAUCUUGGUCACGGCCCUGCUGCUCUGGAAGAAGAAGCAGAUGCGGGCUCCUCGGAGGCACCCCGCACCGAAGGCCUCGGACCCGAGCACUGGCCACAGCCAGGAGCAGCCUCUGGACGAUUCUGUCUACACAGCCCUACAGCGCAGAGACACUGAAGUCUACUCCUGCAUCCAGAACAAGGCCAGCAGCCUGCCCCCGACCCCGAGCCUCCUCUCCCAGGAGAAAGUGCGCGGAUUUACAGAUGACAGCGAAUUUAACAUGGUCUAUGAAAACCUCUAGGACGAGCUCUACAGGUCACCCUCUGCAGAGCCUCGGGCGUCUGGAACAGUGCAGCGACUUCUGACGCCCUCCCCGUCCGAAGGCCUCUCUGGGGCAGCCACUCAGAAACGGCCCUCGCUGCCCCUUCCCUCCGGUUUCAACCUCCAACCCCCCUUCUGCUCCUGUUCCUCUCGGGGCUUGCUUGAGAACAUCAUCCCUGGAAACCAAACCCAGGAACACAAAAUAGGUGUGGGAAGCGGCGGCCCCUCCUCAGCAACAAUUUCCAGAGUAUUCUGCGAAGCAGAGUUUCCAUGGGAACACGUGCGGUUCCACACAGAACCUCGGUGGGGCUGGGGAUCCCCCUCACAGCCAAUACUGCAGGACCAUGGCCUGGGGGCCUUGGCCCAGCACAGCCACGGCGUUUUGGCCACCAGCGCUCACUAACCUGAAGUCAAGCUACUGGCAAAUCUGCCUUUUUUUUUUUUCUUUCUAAUUUAAAGGCGCACUCCAUUCUAAGGAUGCCUCUGGGAUUUCCAGGAUGGAUUUUUAUGUAGCUCAAUAGUUUCCUUGGCAGACCGCUCAGCCAGGAGAGGUGGGCCAUGGCCCCAGCCCAGCCAGGCUGACAAGGCAGUGUCUCUCUGACCCUCUCAAUGCCAGGGGCUAUCACCCACCUGAGGGGCUUCCUCACACCGGGAUUCAGACUCCAUGAGUUGGGGGCACCAGCAGGAGGUGCUGGGCCACCUUCCGUACUAGGCUCCUUCCUUGACCUGCAAUCCUAAUUACCUAAUUAGGGCCUGUGAGCCCUGACCCAGUGCGGGUCCGGACCUUACUCUCCGCACUCGGUAUUUCGUGUGUGUGUGUCUGAGCGGGUGGUGGGGGCCUAACGGGCAUCACGCAGGGGGUAGAAUCCCCCUGAUGCUCCUGCCAGUCCCAGCCUCCAUCCCAGGCUCCUCCAGAGGUGACCCCUGGGUCACUGGGGUGUGGGGUUUUUUUCAGGCUGUUUGCAUUGCAUCCACUUACAUACGUGCAUAUAUAUGAACACAUAAAAUACAUAUGCUUGUGUGGGGUUCUGGAAGCUUAAAUGGGAUCGUUCUGUAGGUGUUGUUUGUGCUUGCUUUGUUCAUGAGCCCCACGUGGUGGGGAUCUGCCCGUGACAGCUCACAGAAACCGCCAGACUCCUUAAUUACAGCAAAGGAUUCCACAGUACCCGUGGAUCCUAAUUUAACCAGGGCCCGAUAAAUGGCCUUUUCAGUUCACAAUUUCCAGCCUCACAGAAGGUGCUGCAGGGAAUGUCCUCAGACAUAAUUUGCAGAACUUUCUCCAUGGGAAAUGACGAAAAGGCUUCGCUGGGGCCCACGGUGUGGACAUUUACUAUUUUAGCAGACACUGCCAAGUAGUCACGCACAGGGUUUGUGCUGGUCUUCAUUGCUCAAGCUUCUCUCUGCACUAUCUCAUUUCAUCCUGAAAACACCCUGUGCAGUGUUGCACGGGGAGGGGGGCACUUGUCUCCCCAUCUUACUGAAGCAGAAACUAUGAUAGAGAGAGGCUGAAGGUCAUAUAGCCCAGAAGAGGCAGCUCCAGCACUGGGCUGGCUUCCACUGUGUGUGGUCCUUGGGACCCCAUGGGUCAUGUGAGGGGAGAGGGGGGUUGCACAAAGUGUCUUAGAUGGACUCAGUGCCCCCAGGGCUGGGGAAGUUCUUGAAGGGACAAAUUUCUGCCAGAGAUAGACUGUCAGCCUUACAUUGCUCAGAAUUGGAGGGGGGGGUCCUCCUUCCCUGUGGUCGGUCUAUCUUUUGGGGGAAAUGAAGGCAGGUCUGUAGAGAUGCUGAAGCUGGGCCCGCCCAGCAGACAGCACACACUGUGGGGCCUGGCUUCAGGCAGCCUAGACAUUUGGAUCCCUAGCCUCCCCUGGAAAUUUCUGGGCACAACAUGCCUGGAGGUGCAAGCCGCCUCUUGGAAGCUUUCUAAUCCGGGAUAAUGCUGCUGUAAUCGGCAAUGUUUUGCAUUUGCAACCCUCUGGUUACCUGAAAACCUCCCCGCAAUGGCUGUAUCUGGAGAGGGUUUAAGUUUACCACUUUGUGCGCCUUGAGGGGCUGAGGAACACAGGCUUUUACUCUGUGCCCCUUCGCCCGCCCCAUUUCAAUUCCCCAGUGAGUGCCACAGGCCUGGGGGCCCAGGCUGGCUGAGCUCACGGCCUUGGUUCGGGGCACAGCCCUGUACCUGGCUCCCUACAGGAGCCCCAGGCUGAUCAGGGUACAGUUUUUCUCCCCAAUUCCCCCUCCUUCCUGGGUCCAGCCCACCCGUCUAAUCUCCCUUCAACCUCCUCUCCUUCCAGCCCCUUCCCAGUCUCUGCCACCAAACUGAUCUUUCAAUAGCACAGACCUGACCAUGCCUCUCCCCUCUCAAAACCCUAUAGUACCUCACAUUUAUUCAUUUCAACAAAGGGGCCAAGAUAAUUCAAUAGCAGCAAAAACAGACUUUGAACAAAUAGUACUGGAAAUAUGGACACUCCCACGCAAAAGGAUGAAGCUGGACCCCUACCUCACACCCUGUACAAAACCUCACAGUGGCUUCCACUGUCCACAGGAUGGAGCCUUGACUCCUCAACCCUGUACUUAGGGGUCUUACAACUCCUUCAUUCUUUCAACAUAUGUCCAGCUCCAACAUUGUGCCAGCACCUGUGCUGAGACUGGGAUAAGGGACGGAUGCUUCUGUCCUCAUGGAUCCAUCAGCCUCAUUUCUGACCAGCACCCACCGGCCCGGGCACCCCAAGCGCCAUCCAUGCUCCCACCCACAGCUGCAGUUCACUGAGAUGCCAAGCUCACCACCUCUGAACCUGUGCCCUUCCCAGUUUCUCGGUCCCAAAGCCCUUCACCCCAUUCUCUGCCUGAGGAAUUCCUGCUCAAAUGCCACUUCCUCUAUGAAGCCUUCCUUCAAACCCCUUCCCCCACCAAGCAGUUAACCCGUGCCUCACUGCUCUGACCUCCGUGAGCGGAAUCAGUUCACACACACGCCCAUCUCCCCCAGUGGGCUCUGAACUUCUGAGCACGGCGAAGAUGCUGUGUGUUUCUCUUUGUGCUUGACUCAUAGGAGGGGCUCAAGAGCCAUUUGUGUAAAGAAUAAGGGAACUUUUUCCUUUGCUGGUGAUUUAGUGCCUCUUCUUACUGAAAGAGGAAGAAUGAUUUUAUUUUCCGGUUUCCAGAAAGUGAUCUCUAGUACAUGACCCAUUUCACAUAGGUGAAGAUUGAAACAGACACAGUGCUCCCUCCAGAGCAGGGGAGGUGAGGCCAGGAACGUGCAGGGUCUGGAAAGCUGGCACCAGCCCGCCAGACAGGAGGGGCAGGCUCUGCGUGGAGUUGCUGGAAGCGCAGGCACAUGAGAAAGAGGCGAGAGCCGAGAGCAAGAGCGAGCAGCGGCCCCUGGCUUCACAUCCCGGCUCCCAAAGCUGUCAGAGGCUCCGGUCGAUGACACGUGCCUGUGGGGCUUGCAUCAGGGCCUGAGAGCGCUGUUAGGGCAGUUCUGUUAAUGGAUCCCAGAAGCCCCUGUCACUGGCAGGGGAUGCUUUAGCCGGCUCAGCAAUGUUCUGACCACUGUCCCUCGCCUCACCAGCUGGCUGUUCCUCCUGCCUCAGCUGCCUCUAGGCCAGGCCAGACGGCCCCGACCCUGCAGAGCCUGGGACCCUCCAGGCAACCAGCAGCACUGAUUCCGUGGCAGGGGGCAGGGUGGGAGCCCUGAAGAAGCCCCUUGUGGGUCCUCGUGUUCUGCCCAGGUCAGAGCCACCCAGACAAUGGCUGGAUUGGUAGGGGAGACUCAGGGCUACUCAGGCCUUAGAAAGGCCCUCUACUCUGACCUCUCUGGACUCAGCCUCAGCACCUGCCUCCAACAGCCUCCCGGCCUACUGCCUCCUGUGGGCAGGGAGCCCUGAGGUGCUGCGUAUUGGGGGGUAAAGGCAGGAGAGCUGCCCCUUUGACCUGUUAGGAAAAGUCUGGCCAGGGGAACCCCAGGGGGAAGGGAGAUUCUGGAACUGAGUGAACAGGUCCAGAGAGAAAAAUGCUAACUGUGCUGAUACAAAGUGAGCUCUGAGCUCCCACACCUCGGCCCUCCUCAGCCUUGUGGAGUGGGUUAUCCUGCCUCCCGGGAUAUAGUGAGGAAGCCAGGAGAGGCUGAGGAGAGAGUCAAUCCCAGGCUGGCCCGAUCCCGUGACUGGUGCUCCCACCCCACAGCUCAGUGCUACAGGCCACCUCUGUCUUCUCCCUGGGUUCAAGCCUGGACUGGGAGAUUGCGGAGAGCUUUAAGAUGCUCUCAAAAAGCCCUGCCCUGCCUUGGAGGAGGGGGAACGGCUGCUGAUGGGUAUGGGGUUUCUUUAUGGCAUGAUGAAAAUGUUCUAGAAUGGGAUAAUGGUAACGGUUACACAACCUCGUGAAUAUGCUAAAAGCCACUGAAUCGUACGCUUUAAAUCCCAAAGAAAAUAUAUUGUUGGAUAGGCUAUGGGAGCCCCAAAGAGAGUGAAUUUCAUGUUAUGUGAAUUAUAUCUUAAUAAGACAAAACAAAAACAAAAACUGCCCUGUUUAAACACUUUCUGUGUCUCCUGUUCAUGACCCCCAGGACAGAGGACAGAAUACACAUCACACGUGUGCAUACACACAUACUUCCCUGGGACGGUGCCCAAGUCCGCAGCCCUCCGGCCCUCCACCCCAGCCUGCCCCGCCCCCUGUCCUGCCCCUCCUCCCUCCCUCUUGCCCAAGGGUCCUUCCAGGCUCAGGGACAUGGAGUUCUCUCUGCCCACCGUGUAUUUACAUGCCUACUAUGUUCUGGAGCUAGGCACUGUUCCCAUUUUAUAGAUGAGGAAACGGAGUAUCAGGGAGAUGUAGCAACUUGCCCAAGUCCACACAGGGGGCAAGCGGUAAGGCUGAGAUUCGGGCCCCAGAAAUGACUUCAGAGCCCGUGAUCUGAACCUCUUUGCUCAGCGGCCUUCUGCCAUGAGCUGAACAGUGGGCCUCCCUGAGAUGUCCACAUCCUAAUUCCUGGAACCCAUGAAUGCCCUUAUAUGGCAAAGACUCUGCAGAUGUGAUUAAGGAUUUUAAAAAUGAGAUUAUCCUGGUUAUUACAAUUUACAAGUGUUCUUAUAAGAGAUUAUAGGUGGAAGGCAGAAAGCAAUAUGAGGAUGGAAGUAGAGAGAUUGAAAGUUGCUGCACUGUCGACUUUGGAGGAGGACGGAGGAAGGGGCCAUGAGCCAAGGAACGCAGUUCUAGAGCUGGAAAGGGUGAUGAGGCAGAUUAUCCUCAAAGAUCUGGAAGGAGCGUGGCCCUGCCAACCCCUUGGUUUCAGCCUGGUGAAACUGAUUUUGAAUUUCUGGCCCCCAGAACUGUCAGAGAAUAAAUGUGCACCGUUUUAAGCCA